CCCACUUAACAGCAGUCGACAAGACCAAGAAUCCAUUUUUUUUUAGUACCCCGCUGACAUACCCAAACGUGCAUUUAUUCUCCAGUUAACCUAUUACUGAUGUAAAUUAUCCUGUUCCAGCGGCGGCCAAUUAAUAUUCAAUGAGCUCAAAUUCCUCAUGAAUUCAACAUGGAGGUCCCGGCGCUUCAUUUGCAUGCGCGUCGCCUCGAAUUGAUGCGUUGGCGCCGCAGCCUCGCUCACUCCUCUCGCUCGCUUGCCCGUGCUCUCUCUCUCUCUCCUCUUCGUCCUCCUCCUCCUCCUGCUCCUCUUAGUCCCGAGCAGCGCGUCCUUUCCUCACCUUCCUCAUCAGUGGAGCUCUUUCUUCUUCUUCUUCUUCUUCUUUCUCAGCUGCCACCCACCGGUUGCUGCCACACGGGGGUAUAUCUUGUUUUUUUUUUUUUGCCCCCCCAACCCCCCCUUUUUUUUUUCUUUUCCUUCCACUGCCACUGCUGCUUCAUCAAUAUGACCACAGCCAAGGACGGCAACGCGCUCAAAGCGGCUCAGCAGCAAGAGCAGGAAUUGGUGGGUAGCAACCCGCCGCAGAGGAACUGGAAGGGAAUAGCGAUCGCCCUCCUUGUCAUUCUGGUCAUCUGCUCGCUGAUCGUCACCUCCGUCGUCCUGUUGACGCCAGGUGAAGACGACCGUCUGGCUCUCAAGGGCAAAGUUAGCAUCGAGGACCUUUUCAGAAAAGAUUUCAGGAUCCGCGACCCCAAAGCUCGAUGGAUCAGCAAUAAUGAGUUGCUGUACCGUGACCGCGACGGCAAUGUGGUCCUCUUGGACGUGGACAAUAAUGACAAGACCAUCCUGCUGCAUCACAAGAAAUUUGAGAUGUACAAAGCCAGCAAGUACGAGGUGUCUCCCGACAUGAAGCACGUGCUGCUGGCCUACAACGUGGCACCGGUGUACCAGUAUUCCUACACGGCCUUCUACAUCAUCUGCAGCCUUGAGACACCGGAGACGUGGAACUUGAACCCGCCCGAGGUGCGCAACGCUCAGCUGCAGUAUGCCGGCUGGGGGCCGCGUGGUCAGCAACUGAUUUUCAUUUUCGAGAACAACAUCUACUAUCGCUCGACGGUGGAGAGCCGCUCCAUUCGUCUGGUGUCCUCCGGCAAGGAGGGCGUCAUCUUCAACGGCCUCGGCGAUUGGCUGUAUGAAGAGGAGAUUUUCCAUUCCCACGUUGCCCACUGGUGGUCUCCGGAUGGCGCUAGGUUGGCAUACGCCACCAUCAACGACACCCUGGUGCCCAAAAUGGAGCUUCCCAUGUUCACCGGCAUGCCCUACCCGACGGGCAAGGAGUACCACUACCCCAAGGCGGGCGAGGAGAACCCGGUGAUCACGUUAUACGUGGUCAACCUGAACGGGCCUCUUCACACUAUCGAGAUGAGGCGCCCCGAUGACGCCAGAAUGAGUGAGUUCUACGUGACCAUGGUGAAAUGGGCCACCACCACCAAACUGGCCGUCAACUGGCUCAACCGAGCCCAGAACAUUUCAAUGCUGACGCUUUGUCAGGCCACAACGGGGGUCUGCACCAAGAAACACGAGGAUGAAAGUGAAGGAUGGCUUUACAGGCAGAACGAGAAGCCUCUGUUUUCCAAAGAUGGUCUCAAGGUGUUUUUCACGAGGGCCAUCCCGCAAGGCGGCCGGGGAAAGUUCUUCCACAUUUCCAUGGCCAUCUCGCAGCCAAACACCAGUACAGACACCCUGCAGUCCAUCACGUCCGGAGACUGGGAUGUCACCGAGGUCCUGGCCUAUAACGAGGAAAGCCAGCUCAUCUACUUCCUGAGUACGGAAGAUGGCCCAAAGAGUCGUCAUCUCUACAGCGCCCACACGUUCGGCUCGUUCAACCGCCGCUGCCUCUCGUGCGGCCUGGCCGACACUUGCGGCUACGUCUCCGGCUCCUUCUGUCACAAUAUGAGCUACUUCCUGCUCCACUGCCAAGGACCGGAUGUGCCGUUUUUCACCAUCUACAAGACGGAGGUGGAUGAAGAAAACGUCGACGACGAUGCAGAGUUGGGGGACAGAGAGAGUAUGGCGGAGGUGCGCAAACUGGAGAGCAACGACGUGCUGAGGGCGACGCUGGCCAACAUGCAGAUGCCCACGGUGGAGUAUCGGGACAUCAGCAUCGAUGACUACACUUUAUCGAUGCAGAUCCUCAAACCUGCCGGCUUCGUGGAGACGGCGCACUAUCCUCUCCUACUGCUCAUCGACAGCACCCCCGGUGGCCAGAGCGUGUCGGAGCGCUUCCAACUGGACUGGGCCACGGUGCUGGUGAGCAGCUUCGGGGCGGUGGUGGCGCGCUGCGACGGGCGCGGCGGCGGCUUCCAGGGCACCAACCUGCUGCAGCGCAUCCAGAAGCGACCCGGCGUCCUGGAGGAGCUCGACCAGCGCGAGGCCAUCAACGUUAUCCUGAAGGAGCCUUACAUCGACAAGACCCGAGUGGGAGUCUUCGGAAAGGAGUACGGCGGUUACGUCGCCAGCUUAUUGCUGAGCGCCGACCUCUCCCCUGCCAGAUGCGGCGCCGUCCUCUCGCCCGUCACAGACUUUGAAUUAUACGCGUCCGCCUUUUCCGAGCGUUACCUGGGGAUGCCCAAACCUGAUCCUCGGGCUUACGCGAUGGCCAACCUGGCGCACCGAGCGGCUCAGUUCCUGGACAAGAAAUUCCUCAUCGUCCAUCCGACGGCAGACGAAAAAGUUCACUUCCAGCAUUCGGCCAAACUUAUUGCGCAGCUCAUCCACGAGAAGGCCAACUACACCUUGCAGAUCUACCCGGACGAGGGCCACUUCAUCCACAACGAGGCCACCCAGCAGCACCUCAGCCAAUCGCUGGUCAACUUCUUCGAGGAGUGCUUCAGGCUACCUGAGCGACUUUUGGACGACGAGCUAGACGACGACGACGACGGCGGCGAAGAGGAGGGUUAGCCUGACCUGGUUUCGACCCCCCCAACCGCCCACCGCACCGCCUCGCCCGCCCCGAAAAAAAACCCGACUAGCUAGCUACCGCGCCCAUCUUGGACCAAGCACAUUUCCACGGUUUUAUGCAACGUUCUCGUCCGCAAAUUGGACUUCAGACUGAUUCCAGAGCAGCUGAGGAUCACCGCCAUCAAUCCUCUGUCAUGUUGUCCUCAGACCCCCCAAAUUGUCCCAAUAGGCUGGCACACUCUGGAAUAUUCCGCCGGACGAGCUCCCACAUGGACUUGACGCUUGCUAAGGGGACGUUUAAAACCAGACUGGCGGACUUGUAUGAUACUGAAAAUCAGAUACAACUGCGUUUUAUGGGACUUGCGAUUUUCUAAAGUUGUGAUGAACUUUUCAUGUUGGACUGUUUCUUUUUGGGGGGUUUUUUGGUCGACUUUUGUCAAUGUAAAUAAUAUUAGCACAAACGUCCAUGUGAGUAUGAAAAGAUGCAUAGAAUGUUCAUGUUUUCACCAUGUAGUCCAUGAAAUGUUUGGAAAAGAGGGCAAAUUUUUUUUUGAACAAAUUUCCUUACUUUUGUCACCUGACUGCCUUAUUUUGUCAAAAAAAAAUAACAUCACAGGAACAGUGUGCACGAAAAUAGUCAACUAUUAGCCGAGCUUUAGUGUAAAGACCAAAGCUCCGCUCGUUCGUGGGAGGCUUGGAGGGAAAUAUAACGAGCACAGCUAGCCUUUAAUGCUAACAGGGAUGUGUCGAAAUUAACAAAAAAUAAAUUCCCGCCAUAUGGACAUUUUCAGUCCUAACAGGAAGUGAAUGUGCGAACGAGCGAGUGCAUUUUUUAAUUCAAACCCGAAAAUGUUGCUGGAUAUAAUAUUUCUGGAAUUGUUGUUUCGACAUGCUCCCCGCCCCUUUUAUCGGCUACAUGUCACAUUAGCACAAGAUUAGCCUGUACAGAGUCUGCAUGGUUUGUUUAAAAAAUAAUAAUAAUAAUAAAAACCGCUGAAUUUAUAUUUGAAACAAACACACCAACGCUGAUGUUAAUGACAUGGUUCAAAAGAUCUUUCCGGCUUUUGCUCAUUGUAGCGUGCGUGCGUGCGUGCGUGCAUAUGUGCGCGAGUGAAUAGUUGGGCACGCGCGGAACGCGGUGAUGCUUGUGUGCGCCCACGUGUAUGAUGUGGCUCUUUGCAGUAACACAGUAAAAAAAUUGGCUCUUACUCUCGGACUGGUUGGCCACCCCUGAUCCAGAGUGUUCAUGACCUGCAUGUUUUUAACCCCCCUCCAAAAAGACAAACGGAAAAAAAAAAAAACAAAUGAAAAGGAAGGCGUUUUUAGCUGGCAAAAAAACGCCUUACUAUACAUUGUCGUGUUUUUUUUUCGGCUAAAAACGCCUUAAUAUACAUGCCAAAAACGCACUGUCAAAUGUACAGUAAGGCGUGGACAGUGAGGUGUUUUUGCCCCCCAAAAAACAACCAUGUAUACCAAGGCAAAACAAUUUACGGGAAUGGAACACACGCUAUAAUGUAAGAGAAACAUUUUAAGUCUGACUUCAAAUCAUUUAAGAAAAACUGUUAAAUCGAUGUCAUUGUUUUUAUUUUGAAAAAUGCCAUUCACACGUGUUGUAUUUGACUUCAAGGCGGAGUGGAGGAAAUGGUGAAAUAAAUAAUUUUCAUUG